AUGUGUUCGCGUCUUUCGUCGCUCUGCACCACGUGUUUCGAAGAGGCGUCGUUUCCGAAGCAGUGGAGGCGAGCGAACAUCGUGCUGCUCGAAAAACCGAGUAGGGAUCCGUCGACGCCGAGGGCGUAUCGGCCGAUUUGCCUUCUCGACGUGGACGGUAAGUUGUUCGAGCGCGCCACGCGCCAUGCCGUGGCGUCGCGGAUAGUCGGGGGAGGGAGGAACGACCUCUCUCCGAAUCAGUACGGCUUUCGGGUGGGCCGUUCGACGACCGACGCACUCGACCGCAUGUGCGCCGGAAUCCGGGACACUCUUCGCCGGGGCAGCGUCGCGAUCGCCGUCUCGGUCGACAUCAAAAACGCGUUCAAUUCGGUACCGUGGUCCGCGAUAAGAGACGGACUGACGUCGAAAUUUGUUCUAAACUACUUGGCAUCGAUCAUCGGUUCCUUCCUCUCGGAGAGGACGAUCGCGCACGAGAAACCGGACGGAACGACGGGAAGGCGGACGUCUUCUGCGGCGUGCCUCAGGGAUCGGUUCUAG